AGGGCCGCCGCCGGUUGCUAAGGGCCGCCGCCGGAAGAGACCCGCGGCCGCCAGCACCGGGAGGGCAGCCGCUGCCUUAAGAUGUCUCACUUAACCAGUGAAGAUGAAGCUCACUUGCAGUCUAUGCUUAGGCAAUUGCUGCAGAGUGUGAAGGAGAAGAUCACUGGAGCCCCAUCAGUAGAAUGUGCAGAAGAAAUUCUCUUGCAUUUGGAGGAAACAGAUGAGAAUUUUCACAACUAUGAAUUUGUGAAAUACCUUAGACAAUAUAUAAAUAACACUGUGGGAUCUGUGAUUGAAGAAGAAACAGAAAAAUGUACUUCUGCUCAAAAUCAGGGUGAAGUAUCUGGCUAUGACACACUUGUCCAACGUGUUGCUAAAAAGACCCGUGAAUCAAAAGAGUACAGGGAAAUGAUGCAUGCCUUGAAGAAUGUCAUGAUGGUUGUGGUAGAAUCUUUGAUUAACAAGUUUGAAGAAGAUCGGAUGCUUAAUAAGGAGUUGGAUAAUAAAACAAAGAAAGAACGUCAGAGUGGCUAUUAUACAGACAACUGUUCUGACAGUGACUCCUCGUUCAACCAAAGUUACACAUUCAUGAGUCAAGAACAGCUGCAACUGCUUGUAGAAAGGCUGGAUCCCUUACAGCCUAAGGAAGUUCGCCAGGAAGCAUUGCAGACCCUGUGUUUUGCCUCUCCCUCUGAUAUACUGAACUCUGAGGUUUGGCCAAAUCUGCGUAAGCAUCUAACAGCAUCUCUGUCAGAUCCUGAUGCAACAUUCAGUGAGAAAAUUCUUAGGUUCUAUGCAAAAAGUUUUUCUUCUUCUCCAUUUAACAUGACAAGAGAAGUCUAUACAAGUUUAGCAAGUCACCUGGAGUUGUACUUUCUUUCUGGAGAAUUUUCUCUUCGUAUUUCAUCUGGUCUGGAUGUAUCUAACACAGAUAUAAAUCAUUUACUUAAAAAGGUCCGCCUUUUAAAUGAGUACCAAAAGGAAGCUCCCUCUUCCUGGAUUCGUCAUCCAGAAAAGUACAUGGAAGAAGUAGUGGAGAGUACCUUGUCACUUUUGUCAGUAAAACACGAGACUAACCAUCCUGCCUCUCCAGAUUUUUUGAGUCCACUCUACUUCUUGGCUCUGCUAGAUAUCAAAGCAGUGUGGUUUAAAAAGUGGAUGCAUGCAUAUUACAGCAGAACAGUGGUACUUAGGCUUUUGGAAAAGAAAUACAGGUCUGUGAUUAAUUCAGCUGUCCAGCAAUGUCUUGAUUAUUUUGAAUUUUGCAAGGCAGAAGCUAAUAAAAAUUCCAGAGUCAAUGACGUCUCCCAGCAUCAUUGUAGUGAUAAGCAGAACUAUUAUUACACUGGACCACAACUGCAGUACGUCUGCUUUGUUCAUUCACUGUGCCUUUUAGGAAGAUUGUUGAUCUAUAAGCAAGGUCGAAAUCUCUUUCCAGUACAGCUGAAAAAUAAAAAAGAUACCAUAUCCGUAACUGAUUUGUUGGUAUUAUUUACACAACUUAUUUAUUACUCUCCAAGUUAUCCAAAGACAGCUUUGGCAGCACAUACAGACAAUUAUUCUCCAGCAAGUCUUGUUAUGGAGAUUCUACAAGUUUUUUGUGAACAAACAGGAUGUGCUGCUGAAUGUUUAUAUACAGAUGCAGUGAUAGAUGCCCUACUUCAUCCUGUUCGAAGCUUACUGAAUGGCACAGAGGUGUAUGUAAAUUGUCUUGAAACUGCUUUAAUUGAUGUAGCUGAUAUUUUGGCAAGGAUUGCUGCUGUAGAAGAUGGUCUUUCUUUUCUUCUGUAUGAAGAAAGUGAAAAAAAUGUUGAAGAAGAUCGUCCUGCAGCUGUUCAUGUUAUUGUUCAGUUUACAAAGAAACUUCUUCAUGACAACAUUUCUCUUUUAUCUGGAUCCAAGAGUUUGCCAGCUGUUAAAGGAGCUUUCAUUUUUGUAUGUCGUCAGAUGUACAGAACUUGUGAAGGCCUGCAAAGGCUAAUUCCUUAUGGUUUGCAUGAAUCUAUAGGAGAGGCCUGGAAAAAGAUGAGUUUGCUUUCAGAAAGAGUUCCCACUCCUGUAACUGGUGCAGACUCAACUUCAUCAAUAAGUCUGGAGUCAAAAGACAUUUUGUUAUGGGAAGAGGCUUUGUUAGAUUCCUUGCUAAAUUUUUCUGCCACACCCAAAGGACUGUUUCUGCUUCAUAGUACAGGUGCCACAAAUGAUUGUGUAAACUUCUUGUUCAGCCGUUUAUCAAAAAACCUUCAGGUGAGCAUUAGAUAUGAAGAAUUUGGUACCAGAGUGAUGGUUUCACAAAUGGCUUCAACACCAACAGGUGCAGUAGCUCUACAGAGAUCAGGUUUUGUAAAGGCACUUGUAACUGAACUAUGGGCUCUCUUGGAGUGUGGAAAAGAUGAUGUUAGGAUAACCCAACCCAAAUCUACUCCAGUGGACCCCAUUGACCAAAGCUGUCAGAAGUCUUUUCUUUCUCUAGUAAACUUACUCACUUACCCUGCAGUUUUUGAGCUCCUGAAUAAACAAAAUAUACCAAAUAAACCAACAUACUCACUCCGUGAAGUACCUACAGAUAUUAUUGAUAUCAUUGACAGGCUUAUAAUUUUGAAUUCAGAAGCUAAAAUUCGUUCGUUAUUCAAUUAUGAACAAUCACAUGUCUUUGGUCUGAGGUUGCUAAAUGUGCUGUGCUCUGACCUCAAUACCCUCUUACUUUUGGAGACUCAGUAUAAGGUGUCACAAGUUUUACUAACAGCUCAGAAGGAAAAUGUCACAGAAACUUCAGAAGGGCCAGGAGAUUUUAUAAUCGAUGGUCUAUCAGUGGAGAGAAACCAUGUUCUUGUAAGGAUAAAUCUGAUUGGAGGACCACAGGAAAGGAUUUUGCCUUUGAGAGGACUAGAUAAGGGCAGUAAUCCAUAUCCAUGGCCUAUGUUUUCAUCGUUCCCUUUGCCAAAGUGCUAUCUUGCAGAAAUUCCUAGGAAAACUGAAUUCAGACAAGAUAAAGAUCUUGACAAGCUCUUAUCACUCAUAAAAACUCCAGAGAAGCAAACUGGGUGGACAGAAAUCUGUAGGAAGCAGUUCUGCAAAGUCAUGAAAGCCAGACCAGAUGUCAUUAGUGGAACAAUAUUGGCAGAGUUAAUUGAAAAGUUUGUGUCACAUCUUUCUGAAAGCCGCUUGGAUUGUUAUUUCAGCCCAGGAAACUAUAAAGCCAUGAAUGCAGAUGUGAAGAAAGAAAGCCUUUCAUCUGUGCAGCAGCUUGGUGUUGAAAUGACAGUCAGAUAUGGAAAAUAUCUAAACUUACUAAAAGAACAUGCUGAGAAUGGGCUGUGCUUCGUGUUACUGAAUUGUGAGAAAUUUCUGAAAGAACAGCAAAGAACUGUGGUAUCCUCACUUUGCUGCUUGCAGGAGCCCUGUGCUGCCUAUGACUGGUUUGCAUCCUCUGUCUUCCUCAUGAUGUCGGGGGAUCAGGAGAAGACACUGAUAUUUCUCCAGCAAUUCUCAAGUCUUCUUGUUUCAGCAUUUCUCUGGCUACCAAGACUGCAUGUAUCUGUGCACCUGCCUGUUACAACAGUGGAAUCUGGCAUCCAUCCAGUCUAUUUUUGCAGUGCUCACUACAUUGAAAUGUUGCUGAAAGCUGAGUUGCCACUUGUCUUUUCAGCCUUCCAAAUGUCUGGUUUCAGUCCAUCCCAGAUUUGUCUGCAAUGGAUAACUCAGUGUUUCUGGAAUUAUAUGGACUGGAGUGAGAUCUGUCACUACAUUGCAAUCUGUAUUUUCCUUGGUCCUGAUUAUCAAAUAUAUAUGUGUAUUUCUGUGUUCAGACACCUACAGCAAGACAUACUGCAGCACAAGGAAGCCCAAGAUCUCCAGGUUUUCCUUAAAGAAGAAGCACUCCACGGAUUUCGAGUGAGUGAUUAUUUAGAAUACAUGGAAAGCUUGGAGGCAAUCUACAGACCUAUGCUGCUGAAAGACAUGAUGAACAUAAAAGUGCAGAAUACAUAGAUUAAGUAAAAAAGCACUUUAUUUUCUAUCUUGGGUUAGAUCCUUUAAAAGAAUGCUGAUUGAUUGAUUUAUCAGUCUCACCUAAAA